CUUGCGCAGAAAAUCCGGAAGUUUAUUUAAUCGCGGGCUUUGUUUACAAUUAUUUUUCUGUGAAAAAAGUGUUUUUUACUGUAGAGACAGCUUGUCAUGCCUAAAAGAAGAAAUCCUUUCGGAGAAUGUUCACCACUUCAACUAAAGCAACACGUAGGCGUCAAAGAAAUCGAUUGUGGGAUUGCACAACAGCAGAAGAUGAAAAGCGUUUAUGAUAGGACGAGAGCUCUAUUGUUCAGUGGUUCGAAGCGAAGUUUUGAUGUUCCACGAGAUGCUAAUUGUAAUGAAAUCUAUCCCACAGUAACAGCCUCUAGCGAUGAGGUUAACAUGGAGGACUGCCACGAACGACAAAUGUUGAUCACAAAUACAGGGCAACUUACAAAUCCGGAACAAAAUGAUAAACCUGCAAAUGCAUUUCAAGCAUUAAUGAUGGCAAGAAAUUCAAAUGUAGUAAAUGGUUGUCAGUGUUGUAAAGGGCAGGCAGCUUCCCAGGACAGAUGUGGAUUCUGUGAGAAAUCUAUAUGUUACGACUGUGUACGGUCUUGUACAGCCUGUGAUGGUCACUUCUGUCAGCUUUGUUCUGUAAUGAGUUAUGAAGAUAAGAGUGAGUGCUCUUUCUGUCUGCAGUGUGCAUCUUGACUAUAUAUAGAGGGAGAUGUUAGAUUCAGUGAGUGUAACUUCACUGUACAUGUAUCUACUGUUUGUAAUCAGCAGGGACACUGAUGUUUGCUUACAGCAGUGAAGACAGUAAAAUUAUAUGAAUUUUUAUAGUGCUUAUUGUGUGCAAAGUUCCAUGUUAUACCAUGUGACAAAGAAAUUUUACAUGUUUAUAUUUGUGAAAAAUAUGACAAUUAGAACAUACAAUAGACAUUUGUGUCUGUUCCCGCUAAAGUGAAAGCUACUCUACUUGCUCGGGCAUGAGCAUUGCGACCUGUGUCACAUCUUGGUUAAAGUUUUCCCAGUCAUCGGACCUUCUGAAAUAAUGAGGCUGAAUAUCAUUUUAAUUGAAUUUAAUGUAAAUUUUGGCCCUUUUUUUUUUCAAUUAAAGACUUUGUUAAAGUUUUGCUUGUAAUUAAGUCAGAAACAACUGUAUGUACUGGAUUGAAAUUAUACACAAUGUAUCCCACUCGUCAAUGAAAUGUAUAAGAAGAUCUUUGGAAGCAUAGAAUGCAACCAAGCAAAAUAAUAGCAAACUCGGUUUGAUUGAACCUGUUCAUGAGAGAUAAUGGAAAGUGCAACACCCCAUAUGUCUCUUAGCACCAACUUAAGCAGAAUUCUAUUUGAUAGGUAUUGAAUGGAUAUGAUGGACCAUGAUCCCAAAGGACCAGAAAUCAUAACAACACUGAAUCCAAGUGGAGACUUUACGGCCACUUCACAGCAUUUUAAGGUUGCUGUUGUGACAGUUAAUAAAACUUACUAAGAUAACCAAGUUAUAUAACACUUGGUUAACGAGGCCCAUUUUUAACUAGUAAAUCCAGUUAAAGUUGCAUUCCACUAUGUAGCUGUAUCUCGGAAACAAAUGCUUGCAUUAAAUUGAAACCUCACACAAGGCAAUUUAUCAAACCUACUGAGUUGUUAAGUUCAACUUUUGAUGCAAAUUAUGUCCCCUUUUUUAGCUCUCCUGAACUUUAUUGAUGGUGAGCUAUUAAUGAAGGUGGAUAGUCUUGUGUAUUGCGUCCUGCAUCAACAUGGAUCUUCAUCAAACUUAGUCUGUAAUAUCAUUGUAAGGUCCUCUCCCAGAUUGUUUCAAAUGGGGCGCUUGGGCCUUUUUAGGGGCCACUAGAGUUUAAAUAGAAAUAACUUUGAAAAAUUUCUACUGAUGGUUAUACGUUUGUGGUGCUUGACAGCAAAUACAGAGAAAAUUUCAAUAUCUUUUGUUUUAUUGAACAGUUUAAAAGUAUUUUCACCAAACCUAGUUACAGAUGGUUAACGUUUUCUUCAGGUGAGCGAUUCUUGUUCUAAGAAAAAUUUGGUGAAUGUUUAGCAAUGCUUUCUUUUAUGCAGAUGUACCUACAUAUCCAAGUUGGAGAACUCUAUAUUCAAAUCAGUUCAGUUUAUGGCCUUUUCUUUAGAAUUUCAUAGCCCUUGUUUGACUUAGAAAUUUCGAAUAGUCGAGUGCACUGUCUGAUGGACAGCUGUUCUUAUGUUAUAACCAUGUUUCACAUGUAGUCAACUUCACAAAAGUAUAGGAUCAUUUGAGCCGUGCCACGAGAAAACCAAUAUAGUGGGUUUGCGACCAGCAUGGAUCCAGACCAGCCUGCGCAUCCGCGCAGUCUGGUCAGGAUCCAUGCUGUUCGCUAUCAAUACCUAUUGGAAUUAGAGAAACCAUUUACGAACAGCAAGGAUCCUGACCAGACAGCGCAGAUGCUCAGGCUGGUCUGGAUCUAUGCUGGUCGCAAAGCCAAUAUGUUGGUUUUCUCAUGGCGCGAAUCAUUUCAUGAAAGUUACUAGUGGAAAGAAUGUGCUUCUUCCUUGAAAUAAUUUGUUAUUUCUGACUGCGUACAAUAUUUGAGCUUAAAAGCAAAGUAGAGAAAACUUAUUUUUUUUUACUGUUUAAAUUUUUAUUGCAAAAUAACAUUUAUUGUAAAACCAUUUUAUUUAGUUUGAUCACAGAUCUCGACAUGUUGAUACUUACAGUAAUAUAAUUGUUAAUUCCUGUAUACAGAUACAUUGUGAAAAAUGAAUAAACAUUGGCAGCUUCUUUCAACAAAUUCAGGGUUAAUGCAUUCUUCAUCAUUGAAAUCAGUUUUGUCAUAUUUCCAAUGAAUUUGUAUAGUAUGUAAAGAAUUUAUCGGUACACUAUAUUGUAAGUUUUUGGUAACAGUGAUGUUAAGCUUGAGUAUACAAAGUAUAGUGAGAGCUAUACUACUUGCCCUGGCAUUAGCAUCAACCGCCACACAUAGGUAAAAGCUUUGAUUUUUAGCCCACCAUCAUCAGAUGGUGGGCUAUUCAAAUCACUCUGCGUCCGUGGUCCGGCGUCCUUCCGUCCGUCCGUCCGUCCGUCCUUCCGUUAACAAUUUCUCAUUAUCGCAUCUCCUCAGAAACUACCAGGGGGAUUUUGACCAAACUUUGUCAGAAUGAUGUAUUGGUACCCUAGUUGUGUCCCCUUGAAAAUCAGACUGAUUCAACAAAUUUUAAGUAAGUUAUGGCCCUUUGUUUAUUUCUAUAAUUUACAUAGAUUUAUAUAGGGAAAAACUUUGAAAAUCUUCUUGCCCAAAACCACAGAGCCUAGGGCUUUGAUAUUUGGUAUGAAGCAUCAUCUAGUGGUCCUCUACCAAGAUGAUUGACAUUAUUUUCCUGGGGUCUAAUAUGGCCCCGCCCCAGGGGGUCACAUGGUUUAUAUAGACUUAUAUAGGGAAAAACUUUGAAAAACCUCUUGUCCAAAACCACAGGGCCUAGGGCUUUGAUAUUUUGUAUGUGACAUCAUCUAGUGGUCUUCUACUAAGAUUGUUCAAAUUAUACCCCUAGGGUCAAAUAUGGCCCCGCCCCAGGGGUCACAUGGUUUACAUAGACUUAUAUAGGGAAAAACUUUGAAAAUCUUCUUGUCCAAACCACAUAGCCUAUGGCUUUGAUAUUGUAAUGUAGCAUCACCUGGUGGUUCUCUACCAAGUUUGUUAAAAUUAUCCCCCUAGGGUCAAAUAUGGCCCCGCCCUGGGGUCACAUGGUUCAUAUAGACUUAUAUAGGGAAAAGCUUUUAAAAACUUCUUGUCAAUAACCUACAACAUUCAAAUUUGGACCACAUGUAUGGUUUUGAGUGGCAAGAUGAACCUUGACAUGAGUUGACCUUGAUUUUGACCUAGUGACCUUCUUUCACAUUUCUGUAGCUACAACCUUCAAAUUUGGACCACAUGCAUAGUUUUGUGCACUGAAAUAAACUUUGACCUUGACAAUGACCUAGUGACCUACUUUCACAUUUUUCAAGGUACAGGCUUCAAAUUUGGACCACAUGCAUAAUUUCGUGUUCCGAAAUGAAAUUUGACCUUGAUUUCGACCCAGUGACCUACUUUCACAUUUCUCAAGCUACAGUCUUCAAAUUUGGACCACGUGCAUGGUUUUAUGUACCGAAACAAACUUUAACCUUUACAUUGACCUAGUGACCUACUUUCACAUUUUUGAAGGUACAGGCUUCAAAUUUGGACCACAUGCAUAGUUCUGUAUUCCAAAAUAAAAUUUGACCUUGAUUUUGACCUAGUGACCUACUUCCACAUUUCUCAAGCUACAGCUUUCAAAUUUGGACCACUUGCGUAGUUUUGUGUACCGAAAUGAACUUUGACCUUAAGAUUGACCUAGUGACCUACUUUCACAUUUCUGUAGCUACAGGCUUAUAAUUUAGACCACAUGCAUGGUUUUGUGUACCAAAACAAACUUCGACCUUUACAUUGACCUAGUGACCUACUUUCACAUUUCUCAAGCUACAGCCUUCAAAUUUGGACCUCUUGGUAGUUUUGUGUACCGAAAUGAACUUUGACCUUAAGAUUGACCUAGUGACCUACUUUCACAUUUCUGUAGCUACAGGCUUCAAAUUUAGACCACAUGAAUAGGAUUGUGUACCGAAACAAACUUUGACCUUGACAUUGACCUAGUGACCUACUUUCACAUUUUUGAAGGUACAGGCUUCAAUUUUGGACUACAUGCAUUGAUUUGUUUCUGAAGUGAAAUUUGACCUUGAUUUUGACUUAGUGACCUACUUUCACAUUUCUCAAGCUACAGCCUUCAAAUUUGGACCACUUGCAUAGUUUUGUGUACCGAAUUAAACUUUGACCUUAAGAUUGAUCUAGUGACCUACUUUCACAUUUCUCAAGCUACAGCUUUCGAAUUUGGACCACAUGCACAGUGUUGUGUACAGAAAUGAAAUUUGACCUUGAGCUAGUCAGUAAGUCUUGAAAUUUGGAACACUCAAAAAUGGCACAUUGGUGGGCGCCAAGAUCACUCUGUGAUCUCUUGUUCACUUUAUCUCUGUUAUUGCUAGAUGGAUUUGCAUCAGACUUAAAAUAGUUAUUUCUCAUCUUCACCCACAUCAUAGGACACUAAGUCCAUAACUUUUUGCACCAAUAUUUUGUGAAUUAGCCCCCUUUAACUUAGAAUUUCAAGUUAAAGUAUUGAUGCAAUUUCACGCUGUUUUUACUUUUAUUGAGUCGGCUAAACGCUUUCAAGCGUUUGACGAGUCCUUGCUAUCGCCUGAUUUCUCAUUCUUAAAUGGCCUCACAACACAGCGAAGUGAUGUAGUUCCAUUAGAUUGUCUCUAAUUUCAAAGAGUUCAUUGAUCGAAUGAAGUUCAUUUAUGUCAAUCCUAUUUGCUAUGACCAAUAUACGAUGUAAUCUGUCAUAUUUAUGACUUGUAAUUGUGCAAUACUCAAAUAAAGCCACGUAUUUUCUUCCGCGGUAGCUCAUUAAGCAUAAACACGCAUAACGAUUCUGCGGGAUUUGGUAAUACAAUUGCGCAUAUGAUUAUGGUGACGAAUUUUAUGCCCUUUUGUCACAAAAUAGCAAAUAUGAUGUUCACAAAUUCAAAUAAAAACUGCAUAUUAACUUAUUAGCCAAAUUAUCCAUUUGUUACCCUGUCCGUUUCAAAAAAUAAUCUUUAAAAUCAUUGCGCAAAUAACAAAUUUAUUGCGCUGUGCAUUUUAUGAAAUGCUCUGGCUUACCAAGCUUGCGAAACAUCCAGCGAAAGACAAAAUAUAGUUCCAGAACAUACUGCUAGUAUUUUAUUGAGUGGAUACCUCUGAAAUCAUUGGAAUGUCUCUUAUCAAAGAGUUUACCACAUCGAUGAAAUUAAAUUAUGACAGCUUCAUUUUAAAUGACCCGAAUAAGAUAUGUGCAGUACGUUAAUUCUUCCGCGAGACUUCGCGGAUGAAUCCUAACUACAUUCUGGACACUUGUCGGCGAACACGCGUGACCUGUUUAUAACAACGCUUCUACGACUUUGCGUGGGUUGAAUUUUGCAGUUAGUAAACGGAUAAAUUAUCAGAAGAAGAAGCUCUUACUGGUUUGUUUAAUUACUACUGAUAUGAAAAAUGAUUUUAUUUCUUAUUUUCCGAGAAAUAAACAAAUCGGCGAAACAUUAAAUUGUAUUUUCUUGUAGUUUUUGAAAUCGAAAGUAGAUUGUCUAUGUUUGGCUGAUUUUUCUAAAUAUUUGACGAAACGAAACAACUUUUUUAUGAAAAGAUUUAAAUAAGAGGUAAUUUAACCGUAAACUUCAAUGUCAGAUACUGCCAAUUGCUGCUAAAUGUCUUCGUAUCAUCACAAUUUGUAAAACAUAUUGUUGAAACUGGAGAAAAGUGUAACCGUAUCCGGAUAUAAUAUUUUGGGUAAAUAUCGAGCUGUGUUAUGAAAUUUUAACAUUCAAGUAACAGACAUGAUAGAUAUUAUUGUAACAGAAAUGACUCUAGAAUUUAUUUUUAUAACACCAACAUAUAAUCUAUAUCAGACUCAUAUUCUAGUCCUGAGGCAUGAUCUGAAAGUAAAAAGAUGAAGUGACAGUCAUACUUUGGAUAUUGUAAUACUAGAAAAAAAUCUAGGUAAUAUUCAGAAAUUGAAACGUAAGAUUUUCAGUUAAAAUCGCACCAAAGGCUGUAUCAAAGGUCUACAUAUUCAAAAAUUCAUUGUGGUGAUACCCCAAACCCUACUUGCAGGAGGGUGUAUCCCCCCACACCCUUCCCCCAUAUUGCCACUUUACAGUUUGAUACAUUUGCCCUUUUACCACCUGCUGCAAUGCCCAUUUCAAAAUCUGACUGCAAUUUAAAGCAACAUUUUUAUUUCUGCGAACCACUCUUCAAUUUUAGAGAAAUAUAUUGCCAAUGGGUUUAAAUACUUGUAUAAUGUCAAUCAAAGUUUUACUAGGCAUCGACCGAAUGUUCAUUUCAUUUAUUGUAACAAAAUUUCUCUUUAGUUGGGGAAAAAAACUAGAAACAAACUGAAACUGGUAGACUAUACUGUCAGUACAUCAAUCAUUAGCUGACUCAGGCCCUUCAGCCUUCGAUUUGAUUCAAACUUGAAACAGUUGUUCCAUAUCAUCACUGGCAUAUGACACUAGACCUAUAACUCUGGCAGUAAGUCCCCUUUUAUCUCCUUGAGUGAGAUAUUGUGGUCACUAACAGUUCAUCUACAGUCAGUCCAUCCACACUUUUCUUCAAAGUCCUCUGAAACCAUUUGAUGGAAGUUGAAGAAACUUGGCCUGGAUGUUCCUUGCAUGGUUGUCUACUGAAGUUGUUAAAAACAUUCCAAUCUACACAGAAUUCUGGUUGCUAUGGCAACCAAAAGGAAAAACUGCAAUAAUCUUCUCCAAAACCUCAAGGCCCAGAGCUUAGAUAUUGGCAUAUAGCAUUGUUCUGUUGUCCUCUACUAAAGUUGUUUAAAUUAUGCCUGUGGGGACAAAAUUGGCCCUGCACCAGGGUUCGCUUGUUUUACAUAGACUUGCAUAAGAAAAUUUCAAAAAUCUAUUUUUGAAACAGUAAGACCAAGAGCUGAAAUAAGUAACUUGUAGCAUUGUGUAGUUGUCCUCUGCUAUGGGUUGUUCAAAUCAUACUGCAGGUUAAAAUUGGGCCCUCCACAGGGUUCACAUGUUUUACUUAUCUUGAAACAGUCUUCUUCUCUAAAGCGUGAAGGCAUGGAGCUUAGAUAUUUGGCUGUAAACAUUAUGUUGUGGUCCUCAACCAAGUUUGUUCAAAUCCUGCCUGUGGAAUCAUAUUAGCCCAACCCAUGGGUUUACAUGUUUUAGCAUAUAGCAUUGUUUUGCAGAUGACAGUCGGUAGGUAUGUUGGUCGGUCCAUGGACCAAUCAGUUUCUGGAUGAUAACUCAAGAGCACUUGGGCCUAGGAUCAUGAAAGUUGAUGGGGAGGUUGUUCAUGACCAGCAGAUGACCCCUAUUGACUUUGAGGUCAGUAGGUCAAAGGCUGAGGUCACAGCGACCUGGAACAGUUAAGCAGUUUCUAGACGAUAACUUGAGAACACUUUGGCCUAGGAUCACGAAGCUUGAUAGGGAGGUUGAUCAUGACCAGCAGAUGACCUCUAUUGAUUUUGAGUUCAGUAGGUCAAUGGUCAAGGUCACAGUGACCUGGAACAUUUAAAUUGUUUCCAGAUGAUAACUUGAGAAUGCUUAGGCCUAAUGGGACAAAACUAAAUAUGGAGGUUGAUCAUGGCCAGCAGAUGACCCUAUUGAUUUUGAGGUCAAAGGUCAAGGUCACAUUGACCCAGAACAACAGAAUAAACUAGAGAUGGCUUUGGUCUAAGAUCACAUUUGGUACAGAGUUUACUUAUGACUGGUAAAUAACACAUGAUUAUUGACUUUUUUCUGCACAAGUUCUGUGUUUUCAAGGUUUGCAAGUUGUCCAGUAUUUGAAAUUGUAUUAAGGAGAAAGCUUGCAAUAGGUACUGUAAGCUAUGUGCUGUAAAUGUUAUGUUGGUAUAUUUUCUCAUAUUAAGUUUUCAUUACCUGUACAUACAGCACAAAUUCAUGUAUACAUAUAGCUCAUGUUGAGUUUGUUGUAGAUUCUAUUAUUCAUUUGUACAUACUGUAAAACGUUUCAAAAUUUGUAAAUGUAAUGACAGGUAUUUUGAUAGAUAUACAUUUCUAUAACUAGUGAUGUUUUGAUCGUUGUUAGAAAAUGAAAUAAAAUAAUUUAGCAGAGAUA